CGUCGUAGUGGCCAUCAGCGCGAAGCACAAGCACAAUCGUCCUGGUCCAGCAACCCCGGAAACUGCACAGUUCGGAUCGGACCAUCAUCAUAGCCGUUACCGUCUUCAUAGUGAAUCGUGCAGUCGACGCUGUAUGGUCUUCCGAGGCCAUCGGCUGGCGUCGGACUCGCCGCCGACGUUCCAUUGAUGCUACAUCGUAGUUCGUCUCCAUCACCGUCACGUCUCGUCGUAAUUCUAGCUUUGUUUCAUUUUCUGUCUCGACCUGCACUCACAUCCGAGUACACGGAUUUCAGCUCAGCCACCAAGUACUGCUAUAGCUGCAUGUCCGAGGACUUCCUGCUACACUGGCCUUAUCUGGACGAGGUUUACUAUCGGCCAAUGAACUUCACUGAUCACUGUUUCAAGAUCCCGCCAAAAAUGAAUAUUGGAAUGACGCCAUGUAGUAAUUCCAUGUGCGUCACAGUAAUCGAGCCAAGGAUAUUGGCAGGUCAACACAUUGGUAACAACAUCAUUCGUGGCUGUUUUGCCAGUGUUUUCAAAUACGGUGCAACUCCUCGAGCACAAAGCUCUCCAAUUCUUGAUACGUCAUGUUCACGUAUGCCAGCACAUCGUCUUCUACCACCUCAUAUGGCUGCUCGAUCCAGUAAUCGAAGUGUGGAACUGUGUUGGUGUGUUGGACAGCUAUGUAACGACUAUCCAAGCGUUCCCAUGAAUUCAGUACGAGCUGUUGAUGCUGCUACCGGGUGGCUGCUAGUCUUAUGGUUAUCCUUGAUCACAUUAUGGGUGCAACGGUGACAAAACUGCGAUACAAAAGGGUAUAUGUUUCGUCAAAAUCUAAGAUUUAAUUUACAGAUUAUGCAUUAAAUGAUGUGUCAUUGUUUUUUUUUUGUUUUUUUCUUUUCUGUGCUAUAUAGCUACUAAUUAGUAAUGUACUGGAUGUCUUCCUUUUUUUGGUCACAUACACUUGAACAAGGAAAUGAUCUUGUUCUUGUUGUGAGGCCAACACAGAGCUUUCCAUUCUUCUCCUCUGUUCAUUCUUUUCUCUCUAAUUAGAUAUCCAUGUUUACAGAUUCAUAAUGCUAGGUAAUUAUUAUGAGCAAUACUUAUGAUUUGUAUGCAAAUUGUUUUUCAGUAACUGACCUGUCACAAUGACCUCAGAUCUCUGCAU